CUUAGCAGUACAGUAAUGUUCGACCAUCAAUUAUUAAUUGCCUAAGCUUCCAGGCCCACCUCGGCUUGAAUAAUCAAAGCAUUUUGAGCUCCACGAACCAUUCCAAGGCUACCCCCUCAGCUUUCUCCAACGGGAAAUUUCAGGAAAAUGGAAAGCCAAAUCCCGAGAAAACCCAGAAUUCUGUGCCUCCAUGGAUUCAGAACAAGCGCUGAAAUUCUCAAGAGACAGGUCCUUCGAUGGCCUGCAGCUGUGCUUGAUAAGCUGGACCUCAUUUUCCUUGAUGCCCCAUAUCCUGCCCAAGGGAAGUCCGGUGUUGAACGCUUUUUUGAUCCUCCUUACUAUGAAUGGUUCCAAGCUACAGAGGAUUUCACUGAGUACACAAAUUUUGAAGAAUGCCUUGCGUUUAUUGAAGAUAAUAUGAUGAAGAGUGGUCCAUUUGAUGGUUUUCUGGGCUUCUCCCAGGGAGCACUUUUAUCUGCUGCAUUGCCUGGAAUGCAGAGAGACGGAUUAGCCCUUACCAGGGUUCCAAGAAUCAAGUUUCUGAUAAUAAUAUCAGGAGCCAAGUUUGGAGGGCCAAAGUUCGCACAUCAUAAGCUCACUUCCAAUGCAUAUUCUUCACCUCUUGAAUGCCCUUCUCUCCAUAUCAUAGGAGAAACGGACUUCAUGAAACAAGAAUCAAUUUCUCUGCUGGAAUAUUUUGUGGAUCCUUUUGUGAUUAAUCAUCCCAAAGGCCAUACAAUUCCAGAACUUGAUGAGAAAAGUACUGAGGUGAUGCUGGGGUUCAUUGAGAGGAUUCAGAAGACAAUGGCAACAGCUGAUGAACAGAUCUACUUAAAUGCGGAAACCUAACUAGUCUAUUUCAAAUAAGACGAUUUCGGAUGUGAUAUUAAUGCUAGUUAUUAAUUAAAUGAAACUACCAUGCAUGUUCAUGAUGAAUCAAUGUCACAUGAGUAGUUAAAAGAGUCGAAAUUCUGAAUGAUGGAAGUAUUAUCUCAAAUUUUUAUUUCCCUUUUC